CCUUCUCGCAACCAGGAGCAAACCACCUACACCACAGAAGGUUCUCUCCUCUCAAGAUGUUCCCCACGCGAGCCCUCCUCAGCCGCUCCGUCUGGAAAGGCCCGAACAUCGUCCCGUACGUUUUCCCUGCCCAGGAUCCAAACCCAAGCCCACACACACUCCAUGGCAUACGGUCCAAGCAGACUGCUACCGCCGUCAAACACCCGCUCCCACCAAACCCCCCAUCCCAAACCCAACAACAAACCAAUAAACGCCUCGGGCAAAAGCUAAACGAUUAUAGUCUCCCACUCCCGCGCAAACUGCCCGCUCCCCCGGGGACGCCGCCGAUCCGCACGCAGAAGCGCGCCGCGACCAUCCUGCCGAACUUCGUGGGGCUGAAGUUCUCGAUCCACAACGGCAAGACCUACCACGACGUGCUGAUCACCGAGGAGAUGGUGGGCCGGAAGUUGGGGGAGUUCGUGCCGACUCGCAAGCGUUUCACCUACAAGAUGUCCAAGAACAAAUAGAUCUUGUCUCUUUCCAGGGGCAUGGGGGC